CCAGUGGUGCACGAGCACAAAUAAAUAAACAGCGACUCAAACACGUUCGUCGCAGCACCUGCUAUGAAGAAGGCCCAUUGCCCGAAACGUCGCCUGUUACACAUUCGUUUCCCAGUGUAUUUUCAGUCGCUCCCCGCAAACGGCGUUCUUGACGGAUUUUUCAGGAGAAGUUCACCCUAGACGGCCGAUGGUCGAGAUCAAUGACGGCAUGGCAGCCACAAGGCGUGGAACGUGCCGGAGAGGACGUCGGCACGGGGGGGAGACGGAGCGGCGAUUUGGGACUCGUGGUGCAGGGACGAGACAGAGCUAUCAUCACCACCACCACCACCAACUUUGAAGCGAGCUCUCUCUCUCUUCGCUCAACCUUUACCAACAACCCCACCAACCUUCAACAACCGCCCGCCCGCCGGCAACUCAACUCCGUGGCGCCCGACGCGGAGCAGGGGACGCAGCGCGCACCGGCGACGUGAGACGCCGCAGGGAGAGGACAGAGAGCGAGCGAGAGAGAGAGAGCGCAAGAGCGCAAGAGCGAUGCUUCUGCUACCCAGCCUCGACGCGGUGUCGGCCGCGAGCACCGUCACCGCGUGCCUCGCCUCGCUCGUGCUCCUCGUCACCGUCGUGCAGCAGCUGUGGAGGCUCCGCUGGGCGGCGGGGCGAGACAAGAGCAGCGCCCUGCCGCUGCCCAAAGGCUCCAUGGGCUUCCCCGUGGUGGGAGAAACGUUCCACUGGAUGGUGCAGGGUUCACGUUUCCACGCGUCUCGCCGGGAGCGCUACGGCAACGUGUUCAAGACGCACCUGCUGGGACGGCCCGUGGUGCGCGUGACGGGCGCCGAGAACGUGCGUCGAGUGCUCAUGGGCGAGCACGCGCUCGUCAGCUCGCAGUGGCCGCUCAGCACCCGCCUCUUGCUGGGAGCCAACAGCCUGGGCAUGUCCGUGGGCGACGCGCACAGGAACAAGCGCAAGGUGAUGGCGCAGGUGUUCAGCCACGCGGCGCUGGAGGGCUACCUGCCGCAGGUGCAGCAGAUGGUGCGCGCUGCCGUGUCGCGCUGGCGAGACUGCCCCGGCGUCGUCACGGUGUACCCCGAGUGCAAGACGCUGACGUUCCGCGUGGCGCUGCACGUGGUGGUGAGCUCGCGCAUCGCGCCCCACGAGGAGGCGCUGCUCGCCGACGCCUUCGAGCAGUUCGUCGAGAACUUCUUCUCACUGCCGCUCGACGUGCCCUUCAGCGGCCUGCGCAAGGGCCUCAAGGCCAGGAAGGUGUUGCACGGUUACCUGGACAAGCUCCUUCGCGACAAGCGCGAGCGGCCGGAGCUCAAGGAGUCCCAGGAUGCCAUGGACAUCCUCAUCAGCAGUGCCAAGGAGCAUGGCAAGGAGAUGUCCAUGCUGGAGCUGAAGGAAGCGGCCGUGGAGCUGAUCUUCGCCGCGCACGCCACCACGGCGAGCGCCAGCACGUCCCUCGUGCUCCAGCUGCUCAAGCACCCCGACGCGCUGGCGCGCCUGCGGCGGGAGCUCGCCGAUGCCGGCCUCGUCGGCGGCGGCGGUAACGGGGGUCCGGCAGAGGCGGGAACGUCCGAGGGGCCGCUGCUCACCCUCGGACGCCUCGUCGGCCUGCGCUACCUCGACUGCGUCGUCAAGGAGGUGCUGCGGCUGCUGCCGCCCGUGUCCGGCGGAUACCGCACGGCGCUCAAGACCUUCGAGCUCGAGGGCUGCCAGAUCCCCAAGGGCUGGAGCGUCCUCUACAGCAUCCGCGACACGCACGAGACGGCGCCGGCCUUCAGCUCGCCGCUCGACUUCGACCCCGACCGCUUCGACGCGACGCGCGCCGAGGACUCGAAGGAGCGCUUCAGCUACCUGCCGUUCGGCGGCGGCGUGCGCAGCUGCCUGGGCAAGGAACUCGCCAAGCUCAUCCUCAAGGUGCUGGCCGUCGAGCUGGCCGGCGGCUGCACCUGGGAGCUGGCGAGCGCCGAGUACCCGCGCAUGCAGACGGUGCCCAUCGUCCACCCGGUGGACGGACUCCACGUGCGCUUCAAGGCCCUGCCCGCCGACGAGGGGGUCGAGAAGAAGCCGGCGGCGGCGGCGGCGGCGGUUUCGGAGAGCGACGGCGACGCCGAACGGGAGUGAAUCCUCCCGCUCGGCUGAUCCUCCCGCGUCACGGCGGACGGGGGGAUGUGACGCGGGGAGACGACGGAGAGACGGAGGAGAGAUGGUGUUGAGGUGUUAUGUACCCCUUGCGCGCGUGUCUGUGUCUGUGGGUGCGGGUGGCGGCGUAGCGGCGAGGGUGCCGCGCUACGAGCCCGGCGACCCGAGUUCGAUUCCCGCUCACGGCCACCGGCACCAGUGACGAUUAUCUGAACCGGUCCUGGGCCUCCGCUUGGUCGAUUCAGCCUCAAAUGAGUACCUGGUGCGAUGUGUAAACAUCAUCACAGGGAGACAAAGGCGGCCGGGCGUGGUGUUGGCCACCCACCCUCUUGUGUGCCGUGCUGGCCUUCAUAGGUGCUCGCUAACAGCACUUGCCCCAACAGUAUGUUAAGGUUAUACGGGGGAUCUUUGUUAUUUUUUUAGGUUUAUUAGGGCACUCUGGUUGCACCGUAUGUGGAUUAAUAACGAAUAAUAAUGCAAAUUGUCCCAAGUUCGGAUAUGUGUGUGUGUGGGUGUGUGUCCGUCUGUGUGUCUCUCUCACUAUGUCUGCCUCGCUGUCUUUCACGUCUUUUUCGCUAUUUUUCUGGGUGUCCAUAUUUGCAGUUGUUUGUCUCACUGCCUGUCCGUCUGGUUGGUUUGUGUGUCUGCACGUCUGCCCCUACUUAAAUAAGAGUUGGGUAGUUGUGACGGUCUGAAUAUGCCUGUAAAUGCUACUCCUUUGGUAGGAUCCCGCUCUAAACAUCGGACAUCCCAAGCAGUUCCCUCCUGAAAACGAGCCUCGAAAGCCCAUUCGCGAAGCGGCGGAGAGGGCCCGGAUGUGCCAUUCUAGUUGACAUCGCAAUCGGCUGAGUAGGUUUGGAGGUCGCGGUUUGGGGGAGACUUUCAUCCAGCAGUGGAUCGAUUGAUGGGUUCGGCAUUGGGUAGGGAUAGAGGCGACACGGAGGGUCCCGACGUGAAAUCAAAUGUCCACGUGCUCCCCGCGCGUAGAUUCACUCUGGUGGGGGGUGAAAUUAACGUAAGAAAAAAACAACCAAUGUCAGUUUGUUAGUGGGUUUGUUGUUGUUGCUGUUACUUUACCAUUCACUUUUAUCAGUGGCCGCGGUGUCGUGGUCAGCGCAACCGGACGAACGAUCCAGAGGUCAAGAGGUCAACCAGUUCCAAGUGUCUUAGAUUGACCCCCCCCCCCCUUGCCUCCACACCGCCUAUGUCCACCCAGCAGCAAUAACGAGUGCUCCACGGUGCAUCGGUGGGGUAAAGUGUGGGAAAACUCCCACCUCGUCCACGACGUUAGGCCAGCGUGGAAGAAUAGGCCAAAAUACCACCCUCCGUCAGAGGAACGCUCCCCUAGAGCUCUCCCCAGUGGAGGCCAGCUGUGGCGAGAGCACGUGACCCCAGGAGCCGCUCUCGUCGUGUUUGCCGAAGCCGCAGAUCAACCCACAACCACCACCACCACCACUCCACCCCACGCCGACUCACCACCACCACCACUCCACCCCACGCCGACUCACUACCACUCCACCCCACGCCGACCCACCACAACCACCACCACCACCACUCCACCCCACGCCGACUCACUACCACCACCACCACCACCCCACGCCGACCCACAACCACUCCACCCCACGCCGACCCACCACCACCACCACCACUCCACCCCACGCCGACCCGCCAGCACCGAAAGGCUCCGAACAGCGCCUGGCUCACUGACGCGACACCGUUCCACCUCCGCGCGCGUGAGUAGCGAUGCGCCCGUAAUCCGCUGUCGACGCGUUCGUGUCACUGGCGCUUGGCAAGUGCUCGCGAGAUCGCCCUUCAGUAGCCGCGUCGAUAAGAUGUAUAGAGAGGGAGGGGUGGGGCAGGUAAAGUUGAAGGAAAAUAUUUUAUUUUUGUAUAAGUAUCCGGUAUAGCGCUUAAUGAUGAUGUCCAACGCUGCUGUAAAAACGCAGGAUAAGUUGGCACGGUGGGGGGAGGGGGGGGUCACGUUGGGUUUAAAGCAAAAGCCGCAAAGGGAACGUCGCAAGGACUUUCGGAACCGAGUGACAUACCGAGACGGGCGAUGAAGCAGUCUCGACACGUUGCAUUGCGUGCAUGACCCAACCUGUACAUACGUUAGCACUUCAUGUAGUCGACACUAUCAUCAUAAGUUGUAACCAAACGAUGUAUUAUUGUUGUUGUCGGUAUUAUAAUUAUUGCGUGCUAUUAUUGAGACCGCUGUCUGUUUCAGUAUUGAGUCUGCAUCCUGACGAGUAUUUCCGCGGGUAGCUGACACGUGCGUUGUCCGUUACAAGAUAGCCUUAAUGAGAAAUCACACACACACGCGCGCACCCAUGGAUUUCUAUAUUUGUACUUCGCGGCCUCGUCAUUACGGCAUUGCAUUCGUUGUUUGUAAAUAGAGCACAUUUAGUGCCCUCCCUGUGUUUGUUUCUCAAGUAUUCCCCCCCCCCCGACAUCCCCCAUCCCACACCUUCUGUCCAUUUACGCCAAUAUUGAACGUAAGUUCCCCCUAACGUAUUUAAUUAACAUCGGCUGUGGAUCAUGUUAUUUAAUAAUAAAAAAACAACCCGACGUAAUGA